ACUUCCCUAACAUAAUUCUUAAUGGCGCCGCUGGAAGCUCUCUUCAAUGACGAAUUCCGUAUACUCUUCUUUUGGGCCAUUAAUUUUCUCGAAGAUGAAGCAAGUGACAAGAUCUUCGUAUUUAGCUUGCAAAGGUUCUACAAGUCCAGAUUCGACACCUCUUCUCAAACGGUGAUGUUAAGAUUUCGGCAACCAAUUUUCAUCACAAAUUAUCAAAAUUCGGUGACUCGACCAAGUAAACUGACCCAACUUCAAUCAGGUGCACUCACUCCAUCUAUUCUAGUCAUGUGUAUAGCUUUCUUAAUUCUAGUGGCUGCUACUGUCUAUCUUGUGUACUAUUUGUACUUCAAUCCCUUUUAUCUUCGCGCCUUCACUGACUAUCUUGUAUGUGGAUGACAAUUUACUUAUUUAUUUCU